AUGGCCUUUCUCGAGAGCGCGCGCCGCUCUUCCUUCACUUUCACUUCGAGUACCCGCGAAGAUGUGCACAAUGCGACAACUUCGCUUCCCUCUUUACUCACCCACCUCUGUUUACUCUCUACCGCCCGCCGUUCAGCAAUUGUAUUUGCCUUCGUCUUUGGCAUCACCAUCACAGCCGUGAUGAAGCGAGAACAUCUGUUGUGGCUUGCUGCCUCCACUGCAGGCGCUACUCCGCUGCUGCAGUUUGGUCAAGGCGGUACUUUCGACUACCCUGGUCUACGUUUCGGCGCUGACAAGAAGUUCGCGAUCACCGUAUUCAGCGACCUCCACUUCGGUGAACCGUCAUGGACAGGAGCUGGCAAGGGCCCUGAUGCCGAUCUCAAGACUAUUGAAGUCAUGAAUUCGGUCCUGGACAACGAGCAUUCGAAUCUUGUAGUACUCAACGGUGAUUUGACUUCAUGCGAAUUUAUAGCGUCUGACAACUUUACUGCCUCCAUCGAUCAGAUCACUGCUCCGCUCGUUGAACGUAACAUGCCUUUCGCUGCUACCUUUGGCAACCACGACAUGUCCAAGACUUGCAACACCCGCACCAUGUCUGAGCACAUGUGGAACAACGCCAAAGGUAGGGAUGGCAAAAAGCUUUCAUUCACAACAUCAUCGGUCCCUGGUCCUUACGAACAAGUCGGUACGAGCAACUACUACAUCCCUGUGUAUGCCUCGACUGGUGGAGGUAACCCGCAGCUCUCGAUGAUGCUCUGGUUCUUCGACAGCAAGGGUGGCCGCGAUUUUCAAAAGGUCGACACCAACGGUGAAGACGUGCCAGUGGCGGAUUGGGUGGACGACAAGGUGACAUCGUGGUUCCGGCUCACGAGCGACGCAGUACAUCAGCAGCAAGGCCGGAUAAUCCCUAGUUUGGUCUUCGUGCACAUCCCUGUCCACUCCACUCGAGCCUAUCAAGACAAGGGUCGUGACCCAACAACGGCUCCAGGACUCAACGAGGAGCUAAUUGGCCACCAAGGUGACGUCUGCGACGGCAACAACAAAUGUGACUAUACCGGCGCCGAUACUCCGUUUAUGAAAGCGCUUGUCGAGACCGAGGGACUCAUGGGCGUCUUCUCAGGCCACGAUCAUGGCGUAGACUGGUGCAUGAAGUGGUCCAAAGACCUGCUUAACAACUCACCAGCGAAUGGCAACGGCCUCAAUCUCUGCUUCAAUCGACAUUCUGGAUAUGGAGGCUAUUCUGACUGGGCUCGCGGUGCACGACAGAUUGUUAUCGAAGAGGCCAAACUCGGUGCAAACGAGCUGCAGACCUGGAUUCGACUAGAAGACAGUAGUGUGUCUGGUCAAGUCACACUCAACUCCACAUACGGUACGGAUCGAUAUCCCACCGUUGCGAAGCUGAAGAGCGUUGGCCUGUAG